AUGGAGUCUACUGCAUCCCCGCCAUGCCCGUUCUGCAACAUCGCCUCGGCAUACCCCCCAAUCCGCUUCAAUGACCCUGAGUCCAAUCCAACUUCCACGAUCCCGGAAUCAGGACCGCUAUCCCACAUCAUUCUUUCCACCGAACAUGUUCUCGCCUUCUUAGACAUCAUGCCGCUCACCCGCGGCCAUGUCCUCGUAGCGCCUAGAAACCAUCACCAGACUCUUGGUGACAUGGGCGUUCGAGCGGGACAAGAGAUAGGUAAAUGGCUGCCAAUUCUCUCCAGGGUCGUUACGAAGUCCGUAUUUGGGAAUGAUCCUGAUAGACACUGGAAUGUCGUGCAGAAUAAUGGUGAAAGGGCGGCACAGGUAGUGCCUCAUGUUCAUUUCCACAUCAUACCGCGCCCUGCUCUAGGGUCCAAUCAGAGGACAAGCUUUGCUAUGUUCGGCCGUGGGCAAAGAGAGGAGCUUGAUGAUGAUGAGGGUGAGGCCUUGGCUCGUGAAAUGAGGCUUGAGCUGGUAGAGGAAGUUGAACGGAUUCAACGGGAUGAGGGUAUUGAUUUGGCUCAAGAUUUGAUCCCAGUAGGGAGCCAACGAGGUAAGUUGUGA